CUCUCACCUCACAAAGUCAAAUUUUUCAUCUUUUCUCUUUUACAGAGGAAAGAUGACAAGAAAACUUUAAAAUCUAAUUAAGAACCAGCAGAGAAAAGAAUGACGAGUUGGGUUCCUAUAGUUUCAUAAUAAAGAGGCUCUGUGUGCAGGUAAUGAGUGCUUUCUCCCUUGUAAAAGACUAAAAAACUUUUACAUCUUGCUUUCGUUGGUUUCUGUUCUUGUUCUGUUAUCUCCCCUUUAUUGAUCCCUCAGUCAAACUCAAUUUGAAAGCGGGGAUUCUACAGCUCAUCGUAUAUCACGCUCUGCUAAACCGCGUUUUCCAGUAGCAUCCAUUGAUAUAUAUCUGAAUUGGGUCGGUUUUCUUCGCCAGAUAGAAGAAGCCUAUCUUUUCAUCGAGGCACAUAUCCUUUGAUUAAACUCCCCUUCGAGUCUCGACUUGAUUGGCUCUGUUUUGGGGUGAAUUUCCAUUGAAAUCUGAAUUGGGUCUUCCAUGAAUUGUGGAUAAAUUUCCUAGUUUGUGAGGGUUAGAGAAGAUCAUGGAUGCUGUGAAUCGUUGGGGAGGAUCGUUUGAGCUCCAUGGAGAAUCGGCGAUGGAAGACGAGCAGAGCCGGAAUCUGGACUACGACCGUGCGGCACUGCCUCACUCUCAGCAAUUAGAUGAGACACAGCAGAGUUGGCUGUUGGGGCCUCAGGAGGAUGUUAAGAAGAAGAAGUACAUUGACUUGGGCUGUAUUGUUUGCAGUCGUAAGGUAUUCAAGUGGACAGUUUGGUCUAUACUCAUAGCCUUUGUCGUCAUAGCCCUUCCUACUAUUAUAGUCAAGACAUUGCCUAAGCACAGCCCCCCUACUCCUCCCCCAGACAAUUACACGGUUGCAGUGAAGAAGGCUCUCAGAUUCUUCAACGCCCAGAAGUCUGGGCGUUUGCCGAAGAACAAUAAUGUGGCAUGGCGAGGCAAUUCGGGCCUAAACGAUGGAUCAGAUGUAGUGAAAGCCGGGCUCGUCGGAGGUUAUUAUGAUGGCGGAGACAAUGUGAAGUUCCAUUUUCCGAUGUCCUUUGCGAUGACCAUGCUUAGUUGGUCUGUGAUAGAAUAUAGUCACAAAUACAAAGCUAUAAACGAGUAUGAUCAUGUAAGAGAGCUUAUAAAGUGGGGUACAGAUUACUUACUCCUUACCUUCAACAUCAGCGCUACAGUUCCCAACCAAAUAUAUUGCCAAGUAGGUGGGAAUCCAAUCAAUUCAACAAUCCCCAGCGAUUUCUACUGUUGGGAGAGGCCAGAAGACAUGGAUUACACCAGGCUCACCCAAACAUGCCACACGGGGCCUGAGUUGGCCGGUGAGAUGGCAGCGGCACUAGCAUCUGCUUCGAUUGUCUUUCGAGACGACAAGGCUUACCAGCAGAAACUAAUCAAAGGAGCCACAGGAGCCUACAAUUUUGCAAGGGACAGCGGAAAGCGUGGAAAGUACAGUCGUGGAAACCCAUACAUAGAACCAUACUAUAACUCUACGGGUUACUACGACGAGUACAUGUGGGCUGGUGCAUGGAUGUACUAUGCAACGGGUAAUUCAAGUUACCUAUCACUUGCAACCAACCCAGGCAUACCCAAGAAUUCUAAGUCAUUUUAUGGGAAGGUGGAUUUGAGUGUAUUGAGUUGGGACAACAAAUUGCCUGCAGCCCAAUUGCUUUUAACAAGGUUGAGGAUCUUCCUGAAUCCUGGCUACCCUUAUGAGGAUAUGUUGAGCAUGUAUCAUAAUACCACUGGUCUAAACAUGUGUUCUUAUCUUCGGACCUACAAUGUCUUCAAUUGGACUAAAGGGGGUAUGAUCGAACUGAACCAUGGAAAGCCACAGCCUCUGCAAUAUGUGGCUAAUACUGCCUUCUUGGCUUCUCUCUACGUCGAUUACAUGAACGCCAGUGGUGUUCCGGGAUUUUUUUGUGGUCCAAAUUAUGUCUCAUCGGACAAACUUCAUCAGUUUGCCAUUUCUCAGAUUCAAUAUAUUCUAGGGGAAAACCCCAUGAAGAUGAGUUACUUGGUCGGUUAUGGCUCAAAGUACCCCAAGCAUAUCCACCAUCGUGGUGCGUCGAUACCUGCCAACGGCCAAAAAUACAAGUGCACUGAAGGAUGGAAGUGGCGGGACAGCCGAAAUGCAAAUCCUAACACCAUUAUAGGAGCCAUGGUUGCAGGUCCUGACAAGUUUGAUAGGUUUAAGGAUGUACGAACAAGUUCCAACUUCACAGAACCAACCAUGGCUGGAAAUGCUGGACUGGUUGCAGCACUCAUCUCGCUUACCAGCAGCGGCGGUUAUGGCAUUGAUAAGAACACCAUCUUCUCUGCAGUCCCACCGUUAUACCCCGUGAGUCCACCACCACCUCCACCUUGGAGGCCAUGAAACUGCCAUUCCCUUGCACCUGGAUUUUUAUUUUUAUUUUUUAUUUUUUUGUAAAGAAAGACAUUGGAUCUCUGUUAAGUACUAUUUAAUUACUUGUAUGAUAUAAAAUCGAUUCAUGUUGAUAAGUAACGCACUGUUUGAUAACGACAACAGAAACGAUUUUCUCCGUUUCUAAAUUUUUUUUGUGUU